AUGACUGCACAGACCUCUUCUCACGUUGAUAUCCCAUUUGGCCUCUCUGUAAAACGAGCACACUUGAAGGAGUGCUUUGAGACGCUGAAAAAGAACAUCCCCAACAUUGAUGAGAAGAAGACCUCCAAUCUGAGUGUGCUGAGAAGUGCGCUGAGAUACAUCCAGACGUUGAAGCGGAAAGAGAAGGAGUACGAGCAUGACAUGGAGCGACUGGCCAGAGAGAAGAUCGCCACGCAGCAGCGAUUAGCGGAGCUGAAGAACGAUCUGAGCCAGUGGAUGGAUGUGAUUGAGAUCGACCGCGUCCUCCGACAGACAGUGCAGCCAGAGGAGGACCAGGCCUCCACCUCCACUGCCUCAGAAGGUGAAGACAUUAUGGACGACGACCUGGAAGAUGAGACUGAGCAGAGAGCACAGCCUGCCUUACCCUCCGUGCCUCAAACCAUGAAACCUGAGCUGCACAAGACUGCAACACCCACUCAGACCCCGAACCUGACCCUAACACCCACCACACCCACCACUACCUCUUUUAUUACCCAACACAUCUCCAUCCAGCACAAAGUCCCUCUGCACCAGCCUCAGCUCCAGCCCCUGGCAGCAACUCCUCCGCAGCCAGUGUCCAAGCCCGCGGCCCCACCUACACUCACGACCUCCAGCACUCCCACCACCCCCAGUCAGCCUUUGAUCCCCACCCAGACACAGAUGGUGACCGCGUCCAGCCUACACCCCACAGUCAUCGCUCACGCUUCAGUGUCCCAUCCCUCAGUCAUCCAAGCAGUCAAUCACGUCAUCCAAGGCGGGGGACCCAAACAUAUUGCCCACCUAGCUCCCUCCACCACUACCACCAGCACUGUCCAGUUAGCCCCCGGCCACCAACCCAUCGGCCACAUCACCGUGCACCCUGUGGCUCACCUGAGCCAGCAUCUACCUGCCCUUUACCCCCAACCGGUGGCCGUCACACAGUCGGCUGUGGUCGGCCAUAUCACCCACACCCUGAACCACACCCACCCUCACAUGAACGGCACCGCAACGAGCCAACCAGCUGCCACCAUCGUUGGCAAGCAGACAGCAGUGAGCACACAAAUGGUGACCCACCACCCGCAGCUGGUGGGUCAGACGGUGCUCAACCCUGUGGCAAUGGUGACCAUGCCCUCCUUCCCCAUCAGCACUCUGAAGUUGGCCUGAACGCUGCCGACAGGACCACCGAACCGGGAGACAGAGACGCCCCUCGAUAGGGGAGAACCACAGGCCUCAGAUCAGGCCACUGACAAGUCCACAGUGAGGGUGAGCAGGUGGACACCUGGCUGAUCCACAGAGAGUCACUAUCAUUCAGAAGCAUUACAGCUGAUAUCAAGACGGGAACAUUCCUACAAAAAGAACUCUUAUUACCAGUCCAGCAGUGUCCUGAAAUUUUGAUCCUGAAUUUAGGAUAUGGUCAAUAGUCAUCAUGUUGUGUAUGUGUGACAGUAUACGCUGGGCAGCCCCUUACUUGUCAUCCAUUGUUACAGAUAGAGGAGCAGUAGUCAUUUUCAUAGGAGCUUUAUACAAACAGCUUCAUCUUGGGAAAUGCCAGCACAGUGUCCGUGUCAGCCCCCUGUUACAGUGUUGAUGUCAUUACUAGGUGGUGGUCAGACUCUCCGUUAUCACUGUGACUGCUGUGAAUUAACCAGUAGUUGAUCAUGUACUUGAGAGGCUACAUUGGGUUUUGACUGCUGUGACAGUGUAGGAUCAGAGUGCUCAACCCGCCAUAACCAGCACAUUGGGAAUGUGAUGUAGAGGAGCUCCUCCUCUCCAGCAGAGGCACAUGCUGCAGGGCUGGAGCAAAAUCAUGGGCUGAACUAAAGCUCCAGAUCAGGAGCUGCAGUCCUCAGUGAUGGUGCAUACAGCAAUUGCUCCCCCUGCUGGCAGAUUGUGUUCAAUGUAGUACUACUCCGUGUUACAGUAGUAUGAUGCUGAGGAUAUUAUUCAAACAAUGGCCACUUAAAGGUCCAGUGUGUAGGAUUUAGGGGGAUGCAUUGGCAGAAAUGGAGAAUAAUAUAAUAAGUAUGCUAUGUUUGCUUAAGUGCGUAAUCACCUAAAAAUAAUAAUAGUUGUGUUUCCUUUACCUUAGAAUAGGCCAUUUAUAACUACAUUGGGAGCAGGUCCUUAUCCAUAGAGAUGGACAUGUUGCACUGCCAUGUUUCUACAGUAACCCAGAACAGACAAACCAAACACUGGCUCUAGAUAGAGCCAUUCACUUAGUUUAGUAGUUAGCAGCCCCUUCACGACAAGAGCAGCGGAAAAAC